CCUUUGCAAGGCACUACGUAUGUUUUCCGUUUUAUUCUGCUACAUAACAAACACGAAAGAUUACAAAGAUAUAGCAAGUAAUAGUGAGAGCCCAACGCUUAAUGUACAUUUUUACGUGGGUUUGUUGCGCCCUCUUCAGUUAAAAAGAGGAAAUCACGUUGUUUUCACACGGCUGGGACUAUUUAUAAGUGCUGAGUUUGGUCUGUCAGGACCUGCCUAGUGAAUAUGCCUCAACGAUUUAUUUUAGCGAAAUAUUAACGCAACACUCAGUAUCUGUCCAAAUCAUCUUAGGGUGUAUGAUCUGUCACUUCUGCAGAAUAAAAAGAUUUUACAAAUGCUCCGAAGGGGAACCAAAGCCUGAAAGUCAAAGAUGGGGGUUUGCGCGAGCUACCAGAAAGCUCAACCGUUUUUUUUUAGUUACCAGGCAACGCGUCGCAACAUGGAGGCGGUAAAAGGACAGUUUCAACCGUACAUAUCUGUCUCAUUCGAAACAACUUUGUAAAAGCGCUGCAUUGUACGUGCUUUUCCUUCCCCAGUCAGUAUCCUCACUUUUUGGCUUUAAAGCUAAGAUGGAGGAAGAAGACACGUCACUGGUGAGCAAAGCUGGCAAAUAACAGCGCUCGAUUCUGCUUAGAAAACGCGAAUAUAGAAACGGCACAAUCGGGAUGCUAAUGUAUUAUUAUAGGUUAAAUGAUGACAUGGUAUUUGCUUUCUCUGCAGUGUUUUGUUUCCGUUUACUAUGUCAUCGUAUUCUUAAUAUUAGGACAGUGUGGUCCGCAAACUGUUUUUUUUUUAACUGUCCUUUGUUCCAGGCUUUGAUCAAAUACUACUGCUACGAAAAACUAUUCAACCAUGCAGUAAAUUCCGCUUCAGCCGCUCAGAGGAAAUUCGGUCAUGACCCCGUCUACGUUUUCUUCCACGCAUACGCAACUCUUAUGCAAGGGGAAAUUCAAGAAGCCACAGCAGAACUGGACACCAUAAGAGAUGAUCGAGAUCUGUCCCUCUGCACACUGAUGGCUCUUGUCUAUGCUGAAAAGAAAAAGGCAAACCCAGACAAAGACAUUAUUCAACAGCUUGAUGCUAAGGUUAAAGAGGAUCGAAAAAGUGCGCCACCCAAGAGCCUGUACCACGCUGGAACCUUUCUUUGGCUGCUAGGCCGCAAUGAUAGAGCAAGAGAGUACACAGAGAGGAUGAUCAAACUCUCCAACGGCUCAAGAGAAGGCAUAAUCCUGAAAGCCUGGAUAGAUGUCACGUCAGAGAAAGACACCUAUGUCAGGAAGGCUGGGAAGUACUUUGACGAGGGCCUGAAAGAGAGAGUGGAUGUUUUUGCUCUCAUGGGAAAGGCACAGUACUAUGAAUGUCGCCAGAACUACUCUCAAGCGUUAGAGGUGGUUAACCAAGUCAUUGUGAGUUUCUCCGGGUUCAUACCAGCUUUCAUAAAGAAAAUGAAACUGUUCCUAAACCUUCAAGACUGGGACCUAACCAUCGAUACUGCUCACAGGCUUUUACAGAAUGAUAAAAAUGACCUGGAGGCACUACGGAUGCUGGCUCUGCACUCUUUAUGCAGAGAUGGAGAUAUUCUCGAGGCAGUAAAGCAACUUUCAAACCUCGUCAGCAGCUUAGAACUACUGGAACCAAACAACCCCGAGCUUUACUACAAGAUGUCUGUCGCCUUCACCCGUGUUUGUGGACGCAACGAGAACGUGAUGGAGCAGACUUUCCGAAUGGUGGACAGGGCUUAUUCCAUGGCAUCCGGGGACCCAGAUUUUGCCUCAGAGUUGGGCUACCAAAUGGUGCUUCAGGACAGAACCAGAGAGGCCAUGAAGUGGUACAUGAUCGCCAUCGCUAACAAGGAGAAUGCUAGUGUUUCAGCUCUGAUUGGUAUAGCUCGCUGCCAGUUAAUCGAGGGGCAACUAGACGAAGCAGAACAGCAGCUGGAAUUCCUCACAGCGAUAGAGCACUCCAUUGGAAAAUCAGGGGAGAUUUUGUACCUACAGGCUGUGCUGGCUGGAAAGAAGCGCCGGCCCCAGGCAGAGGUGACCAACCUUCUGAACGAUGCAGUGGACACACACUUCUCCUCGCUGCAGGGUCUCCCCCUGGGAGUCGAGUAUCUGGAGAGGAUGAACCCGGACUUCCUGUUGGAGAUCGUCAAAGAGUACCUUGCUCUUUGUCCCGCAAAGCCUCCCGCUGCUGGCCAGUUUCCUUGUCCUCAGCUGCAGCACUGUGCCAAAUUGUUGGAGACUGUGUUGAAAAUCGUGCCAGGUCUACUUCAUGCAGUGUUCCUGCUUGCCAAAGUCAGAUACCUAUCUGGUGACAUAGAUGGUGCUAAGAGCAGUCUAAACCACUGCCUGGACCAGUGCCCCUCUCUUGCUGAUGCUCAUCUCCUACUGGCCCAGAUCCACCUGCUGCAGGGCAACAUGACGCUUUGCAAUCAGUCGCUUGAACUCUGCCUAGGCCAAAAUUUUGAGAUACAAGAUCACCCUUUGUACCACCUUAUCAAAGCUCAGGCUAAGAAGAAAACCGGUGAGCUUGGGGAGGCUAUUCAGACACUGCAGAUAGCCAUGACUCUUCCAGGUGUCCGUAGAGCUGGAGCCUCAUCCAUGUCUAAGCACAAGAAGACCGAGCUGAGCUCAACUGACUGUGUGUCUCUCUUCUUGGAGCUUGCUGAGGCUCUGUGGCUCAAUGGAGAACAGCAUGAAGCAGCAAAGGUGAUGCAGGACGCCAUCAACGAGUUCUCUGGAACUCCCGAGGAGCCGCGUGUCACUAUUGCUAACGCGGACCUGGCCCUGCACCGCGGUGACACGGAGCUGGCGCUGAGCAUGCUGAGAAACAUCACGCCCGAGCAGCCCUAUUACAUCUCAGCUAAGGAGAAAAUGGCAGACAUAUAUUUAAAACACAGAAGAGAAAAACGACUUUACGAAAGCUGCUACAGAGAAAUGGUGGCGAAGGUUCCUAGUCCUCACACAUAUCUUUUACUCGGUGAUGCCUACAUGAACAUUCUGGAGCCGGAUAAGGCCAUUGAGGCUUAUGAGGAAGCUCUGAAGAUAAACCCCAAAGAUGGUGCCCUAGCUAGCAAAAUGGGGAAAGCGCUGAUCAAGACUCACUACUACUUCGAGGCGAUUACUUACUAUGAAGCAGCAAUACAAAGUAAGCAACAGAACUUCCUACGCUACGACUUGGCUGAGCUUCUGAUGAAGAUGAAGCAAUACGAGCGCAGUGAGAGAGUCCUGCUUGACGCUUUGGCUCAUGAGCCAGUGACUGAGCUGCGUGAACUCUCAGAUGACUGUCGUUAUCUACUGCUGCUAGCAAAGGUCCAAACUAAAGAAGGAAAGAAUGAAGAAGCUUUACUUUCACUUCAGAAAGCCCGGGAUGUCCACGCUAAAGUGCUGAAGCGAAUGCAGUUGGAGCAGCCCCAUGCUGUCCCGGCACAGAAGCAAUUUGCUGCAGAGAUCUGUGCGGAGAUCGCCAAACACUAUACAAGUCAGAGGGGCUAUGAGAGAGCGGUCAAAUUCUACAAAGAAGCUCUUGUGUAUUGUGAGACUGAUCGCAAGGUCAUGCUGGAGCUGGCCCGGUUGUACCUCACUCUGGACGAGUUUGACGCCUGCCAGAUGCAAUGCAAUGAGAUUCUGAAGGAUGACUGUGUCAAUGAAGAUGCGACUCUGAUGAUGGCAGACAUUCAUUUCAAAAAGCAGGAUUACGAUCUGGCAUUUAAACAUUGUAAGCAACUCCUGACACACAAACCAGACAACUACCCAACUCUAUCACAUUUCAUCGACUUGUGGAGGAGAGCCGGCAAGCUGGAGGAAAUCCCAGAUUUUCUUGAAAAAGCCGAGAAACAUUCUUCCCGAGUGAAAUUGGACCCAGGCUUUAACUACUGCAAGGGGCUUUAUCUGUGGUACACGGGCGAAGCGAAUGAUGCUCUGCGGCACUUCAAUAGGGCUCGGAAAGAUACCGACUGGGGUCAGAAUGCUGUGUAUAACAUGAUUGAAAUCUUGCUAAACCCAGACAACGACACAAUCGGAGGAGAAGUGUUUGAGAGUUUAGAAGGUGAUAUUGGCAACUCCACAGAAAAGCAAGAGUCCGAGCAGGAUGCUGUGAGAACCGCAGAGAAGCUUCUCAAGGAGAUAAAGCCUCAGACACCAGGCGGACACGUACAGCUCCGCAUCCUGGAGAACUACUGCUUGCUGUCUACUAAACAGAAGGCCAAUAUAGAGAAAGCCCUUAGUGUGUUCACAGAGAUCGCAACCAAUGAGAAAGAUCACGUUCCAGCUUUGCUUGCCAUGGCAACGGCAUACAUGAUGCUGAAACAGACUGCCCGAGCCAGGAACCAGCUCAAACGCAUAGCCAAGAUGAACUGGAACGUUGCUGACGCCGACGAGUUUGAGAAGAGCUGGCUGCUCCUGGCAGAUAUUUACAUCCACUCAGGGAAGUACGACAUGGCCGGGGACCUUCUGAAAAGAUGCCUCAAUCACAACAAGUCAUGCUGCAAAGCUUAUGAGUAUCAAGGCUACAUAAUGGAAAAAGACCAGGCGUACCGCGAUGCAGCUCUCAACUACGAAAUGGCUUGGAAAUAUGGAAAUCAGAAAAACCCAGCAAUUGGAUACAAGCUUGCUUUUAACUACUUGAAAGCAAAGAGGCACGUUGAUGCCAUAGAUGUGUGUCAUAAGGUUCUUGCUGCUCAUCCAGAUUAUCCAAAAAUGAGGAAGGAAAUCCUGGACAAAGCUCGGGCUGGCUUGAGAUCAUAAAGUUUAUUGUAAAUGUGCGGGUGCCUAAGAGCAAGAGAGAGGGAGAAAGAUGGUUAGUUUUACUGUUAAGAUGAAAAUGUAGUUAUUUGUUCUAUACCUUUGAAAAGACCCUAAAAAACAUGGCUUUGUAGAUUUGUCUAAGCAAAUAAAAAGUUGGUUCUUGA